AAACAUCUCACAAACAAAAAGACAAAAGUCAUCAAAUCACCAAAUCCUCCAUCUUUUGUCUGAGUGAACCAUGGCUAAGGGAAGAGGCAGUGCAAUGGUGACAAUGGCUGUGUUAUGUCUACUAGUGGCGGCACUUCAAUGCGAGUUAGCUCAGGCAGCUACUUAUGCCAUCGGCGGUAAUGGUGGCUGGACAUUUAACGUCUCCGGCUGGGAAAAAGGCAAGAAGUUUAAGGCUGGCGACGUCCUUGUGUUCAACUACCAAAAAGGAGCACAUAAUGUGGUGGCUGUGAACAAGGCAGGGUAUGUUGGGUGCAGCACUACCCCAAGAAAUGCAAAGGUUUACACAAGUGGUAAAGAUCAAAUAAGGCUUGUAAAGGGUCUUAACAGCUUCAUUUGUAGUCUCCCUGGUCACUGUGGUGCUGGCAUGAAGAUUCAAAUCUCUGCUUCUUAAACAAUAAAAUAAUGACAAAGAAGACGUUGAUGAAAUCUCUAAAUUUAUAUGGAUCAAGUGUUUCUUAUGGUUGUUGUUAUAUGGUAUAAAUAAAAGAGUAUUUGACUUAAAUUUAAGGCAGUCUUAUCACUUAUGUGUUUGUUUUUAUUGUAUGUUUGGUUAUAUAUGUAUUAUUCGUUUUUGGAAA